UCUAACCUUCACCACGGCAAGCCAGACACUUGCUGCUUAAAUUCCCGAAAAAAUGCAGUUUAAUUGAAUUUAUCCCUGAUAAAAUAUGAAAACCCCCAUAGAUGAAAAUAAAACAUGGCCCCAAUACGUGGCCACCCUCACAGCUUUAAUUUCCAUGUUUUGUGCUGGUAUUCACUUCGCAUGGCCGAGCCCUUCCCUACCCCGACUAUUAUCAGAAGAAUACCCCUUCAAUAUAACCACAGAAGAAGCGUCCUAUAUCACAAUAAUAGGACCUUUCGGUGAUAUUUUCGGCGACAUCUUAUCAGCUGUGAUAGUAGAUCUCGUAGGCCGUAAAAUCACAAUCCUUUUGAUAAGCGUCCCCCAACUACUUUCUUUCAUAUGCAUCUACUUAUCGUCAUUCUCCAAAAUUCUUCUCUACGUUGCAAGAUUCAGUGGCGGCGUUGCGGAAGGGGCUUGCUUCACGAUUCUCCCAAUCUACAUCUGCGAGAUCUCCGAACCCAAAAUCAGAGGUCUUUUAGGAGCCUCGUUUUCCCUGAUAAUGAUGUUCGGGAUUUUCACCGUCAAUGUAGUCGGGAGUUACACCAGUCUCUACACCACUGCUCUAGUUUCCCUAGCUUUCGUCCUACUCUUCAUAGUGACAUUUCUACCCCAACCCGAAAGCCCCUACUACCUCCUCAUGAAGAACAAACCCGAAGAAGCGAGACGCUCUUUAAAGAAACUACGACAUAGGGAAACCGUCGAUGAAGAGUUGGCCACACUGACAAAAGACGUGCGGCGGCAAAUGUCAGAACGAGGCACCUUUAAAGAUUUAGUCGCCAUUAAAUCAAACAAGAUGGCGUCAAUCGUAAUGGUUAUUCUGCGAAUUCUGCAACAAUAUAGCGGUUUCGGGUCGUUUUCGUUCUACGCUCAAUUGUUAUUCAAAGAAGCCACCGACGCCAUUCCGCAACAUCUAGCGGCCAUUUUGAUGAUCACCAUUCAAGCUACGGUCACUACGAUUCCGACUUUUAUUGUGGAUAUAGUGGGACGGAAGCCGCUAAUUAUGACUUCGAUUGGGGGCUGCUGUGUGACGUUGUUCUUCAACGGGGUGUUUUUUAUUUUAAGGGAUAGUGGGGUUGUUGACGUUUCGCAUUUGACGGUGCUGCCUUUAGUGGGUUUGCUCGUUUUUAUUGUUUUUUUCGCGACGGGGUUGGGGAGUGUUGUUAAUUUGGUGUCGGGGGAGUUGUUUCCGGCUACUAUUAAAGCUAAAGCGUUGUGUGUUAUGAAUGUGGUUUUUGCUGUGAGUAUGUUGACGAGUACGAAGUUUUAUCAGUAUACAGCGGAUAAUUAUAGUUUGGCGAUUCCGUUUAUGGUUUUUGGGGUUUUUCAGUUUGUUGGGUUUAUACUGUGUUGGAGGUUUGUACCUGAGACUAGGAAUAAGACUUUGGAGCAGAUACAGCAAGAACUGAAGGGGAAUGUUCGGUAAUAAAGAUUUUUUAGAAGUUGUACUUUUUACUUUAAAACUAACAAGUUUGUAACUAUUGUUGUAAUUAGUACUGGUAGAUAAUAGAGACGUGACAAAUACAAGUAGUGACCGGGUGAGCAUUUGUUGCGAUAUAAGAAACGAAAAAGUUCUAAUUUUACAUAAUUAUGUACCAAAAACAAAAAAUUCUAAGC